CUCUUGACCCAGAAGACCCCAGAAGCCAGGAAUAUUAUGAUACAGGACUUGGUAGAGGAACCCUUGUCCAAUACAAACUUUGUAAUAUUCAGAAACCCAGAUCAAGAAUGCACAACAUAG